UGGUCCGGCCGUCUGAAACACAGGUCGGUUGAUGGAUGAAUAAAAAACGAAACAGAAGAAAAAAUCAAAAGUUGAAUUGCUGAAAACUGGUCAAAAGACUUUGGGUACGGUUUAUUCGUAAACAGACAUCGAGCCUCGCGGUAGUGGUUUUCUGUAGCGCGCGCGUUUUCAAUAACUCCUGCUUCAUUUCGCGCUCGUGCUGUAAAUGUCGUAAUAGUCUUAGUAUAGUGUCUACCUCCACCGUCGUUCAGCAAACUCUGUGGUUGUAUUUUGCGAGCAUUAGUGAUUCAAAAGGCGGGCCACCACGGUGUACUCAACAGUAGUGAACGCUACAGUGUGGCGACAUUCUAGUGGUGAAUUACAACAAAACUAAGGGAAUUGUGGAAAACUUAUAGACAUCAUAUCGCUAGGAUGAAACAAACAAUCGGAAUAAUCGUCAGCCUGGGAUUAGUCGCGCUGUGCAGGGCUAUCGGGGUCCCACAGUGCCCGGAACCGCACGGUGAGCAGGCGUAUCUUCAUCCAGACCAUUGCGAUCAAUUCUUCCUGUGCACGAAUGGGACAUUAACUCUAGAGACAUGUGAAAAUGGAUUGCUAUUCGAUGGCAAGGGUGCUGUCCAUAACCACUGCAACUAUAACUGGGCUGUAGAAUGUGGUAAUCGUAAAUUUGCCACCGAUCAAACUCCUAUUUCUACACCAGGAUGUGAGUACUUGUUCGGAAUUUAUCCAGACAGCAAUCAAUGCUCCACAUCGUACACCAAAUGUGCGUAUGGCGAACCACACCCAGAUCAUUGCGAACCAGGACUGGUGUACGAUCAUCGUAUUCACGGAUGCCAGUGGCCUGAUCUAAUGCUAGAAACGUGCAACCCUGAGGCCGUGAUUGGAUUCAAAUGUCCGGAAUCGAUUUCACCGAAAUCAAUCAACCACCGUUUCUUGCCCUACCCGAGAUUCCCAGUACCUGGAGACUGCCACCGUUUGAUCACCUGUGUUGAUGGUCAUCCACGUCUAAUCACUUGCGGUGAAGGAAAGGUCUUCAACGAAGAUUCGCUGACUUGCGAAGACCCAGAAGAUGCCCCUUAUGCUUGCAGACACUAGACUCUUGUAAUCCGUUUAGCAAGCAAGCGCUCAAGUACGCGAUGUACUCUGUAAAAAUGACACGAUUUCUUAUUCGUUACUGUUUCGUAAUACCUAUUCGUUUAUUCAAAUGAUGUUAUCAUAUUGGAUGUUUAACAGUUGUCUUAGAUUUUUGUAAAAAAUGUAAACUAGAGUCCAAAUAAAGCAAAAAGUUACCACAGAAA